UUUUCUAGUCCCCCCACCACCUUCUUGGUUUAAUUCUAGUUUUGUGUCUCUGGUGGGAGAAGUUGUAAAAUAAUGUCAGUUUACUCUAAAUCACUUUUAUUUUUGACUCUACUGAUUGGAAUGGGCACAGCUACAUGGCAGAAUCAAUUGGAAGAUACUGGUUGCGUCGGUGAUGGAUGUGAAUCAGAGGAGACGAAUAACAAGUUCGCCCUGCUUUUCCGUCAAAUGUUAGCAAAGCAAAGAGAAGAUGCUAACACCGAUUGUGCUAUAAUGGAAGAUUGUGCCGAGGGAUUCGAAUGUUUUGGUGGAAAGUGUCGAUCGGUUGGGCAGAGGAGAACUAAGAUUAUCAAUUUGUACAGUCGAUGGUGAUUUGGAUUUUUUUUUUGAAUUUUCGAUUGAAACUUGCUCUUAAUUUUCUAUUCAAAAUUUGACUCAUCUUUUUUUUCAAAAUAAUGAAAUCUGUGAAUAAAAUUGUUUGUACAAAGUUUAAA